AUGUCCGACUACGGAGGCGGCGACGAUGACAUGCGGGACUUUGGAGACGUCGAGGAGUUCGACGACAAUCUCCUCGAGGAACAAGAUGCGGUAGAGAACUACGAUGUGGAGGCGAAUGGCGAUAUGGAGGUCGACCCGAGCGAUGCCAACCAGAACGCACAACUGAACAGCACCGACUACACCGAUCCGAACAACGUAGUGACCUCUGGCGACCCAUCCGCGAAUCCAAACACAGUGAAGAGUGUCAAGAGCAAGAAGAUCGCGCAAGAAAACAGGACCACAACGCCAUACAUGACCAAGUAUGAGCGUGCAAGAGUGCUGGGCACACGAGCACUUCAGAUCAGUAUGGGAGCCCCCGUCCUGGUCGAUGUAGAGUCGGAGACAGACCCGUUGCAGAUCGCGCUGAAAGAGCUCCGUGAGAAGAAAAUCCCCCUGGUCGUACGGAGGUAUCUGCCGGACGGAUUCUACGAGGACUGGACUUGCGAGGAACUGCUAUAG